CAGUCUAUUGAUUGACAGUCUAUUGAUUGACAGUCUAUUGAUUGACAGUCUAUUGAUUAACAGUCUAUUGAUUGACAGUCUAUUGAUUGUAAACCAUGAUAUUGAAUCGCCUGAAGUCGGUAUGCUUUGUUGAUUGGUUGUGUGGUGCAUCGGCACAGAAACCUUUUAGGGGAAAAUUUGUUGCGUAUAUAAAAAAAUAUGGCGUCAAAAUCUGAUUUCCCCCAUAGCUGAUCAUUGUCUGCAGUCUGCUCUGAUCAUAGUGUAGGUCUAAUCAAACAGGCAGGGAGAGUGGGCUGGUCCGUGGUGGUCGGCGAACCCUCAACCUUCUGGCCCCUUAGCCCUGCAUGACAUCGAUUGUGCCGCAAAAGCAUGCUGACUGAAAUUGUGUGUGAGGCGGUCUUACCAAUUACCACCCCUACUUAGUUUCUCUGCAUGGAUGACAGAUAAUCAUCACAGUUCACUGUGAGGAGGAUGGCGGAGGAGCUGCAUCCAGCCGAGCACGGGUACAGGUGUAUCUCCAGUUGGCUUCCAUCUUGGUGCCCCACCUCCCUCUCUCAGCUAAAGGAUGCAGAGGACAAAAUGCUCAGGGCUGUGAAGACCCCAUUCUCCAGGCAAGAUGUCCCGAUAUCCAAUGGCAACUAUGUCUGGACCAUAGCCUUCAACACCAAAGCACAUCCCUCACUCCCCCCCCAGCCCCAGUCUCAGCCCCAGUCUCAGCCCCAGUCUCAGCCCCAGUCUCAGCCCCAGCCUCAUCCCCAGCCUCAGCCCCAGUCUCAGCCCUCUUCUCUCCAGCGUCGUCCCCGUCCUCCGCUGGUGCUGCUCCAUGGGUUUGGGGGUGGUGUGGGUCUGUGGGCUCAGAACCUGGACUCUUUGUGUGGCAGUGGAGCCGUGUAUGCCCUGGAUCUGCUGGGGUUCGGUCGGAGCAGCAGGCCCCUGUUCAGCGUGGACCCCCAGGGGGCAGAGGAGCAGUUCCUAGGGGCCCUGGAGGAGUGGAGAGACAGGAUGGGCCUGGAGGAAAUGAUCCUGCUGGGACACAACCUGGGAGGAUACCUGGCUGCUGCUUACACACUUACACACCCACACAGGGUGAAACACCUGAUCCUGGUGGAGCCAUGGGGGUUCCCAGCCCGCCCAGAGAGCAUGGAUCAGGAGAAAUCUAUCCCAGUGUGGAUCAGAGCCAUGGGGGUCGUCAUGAGUCCCUUCAACCUCCUGGCUACACUAAGACUGGCUGGACCACUGGGUCCUAUGUUGGUCCAGACCAUCAGGUCAGAUUUUAAACAGAAGUAUUCUUCAGUGUUUGAUGACAACACUGUAUCAGACUACAUCUACCAUCUCAAUGCACAGACACCCAGUGGUGAAGCAGCGUUUAAGAACAUGACGGUACCAUAUGGCUGGGCUAAGAGACCGAUGCUAGAUCGUAUUGUACAGAUCCAACCCGACAUUCCCAUAUCCAUCAUCUAUGGAUCCCGAUCCAGCAUCGACAGUGACUCGGGAUACACUCUCCAGAAAACCAGACUGGAUGUGGACAUCAUGGUGAUAAGGGGAGGAGGUCACUAUGUAUUUGCUGACCAGCCAGAUGACUUCAAUCAGAACAUUCUUCACAUCCUAGCCAGGCUGGAUGGAGAGAAGGAUGAGAGGAGGGAGAGAAGGAUGAGAGGAGGGAGAGAAGGAUGAGAGGAGGGAGAGAAGGAUGAGAAGGAAGGAGAGGAGGAGAGGAGGAGGAGAGGAGGGAGAGAAGGAGGAGAGGAGGGAGAGAAGGAGGAGAGGAGGGAGAGAAGGAUGAGAG